AUGGAAUCUCGACCAGCUUUUCUCGGUCGCGGUAGGGGUCGUGGUAAUAGGGAACAGCGAUCAAACUCUCAACAAGGAUCGAAUUUUAAAAAUGGAAAGAAGUCGGAAAAGACCACGUCAGCAUGGAAUUCUGGCCCACCCGUCCUUACCAGAGAAAAACCUGAUAUAAGCACAGACAAGGCAGCAGACCUGUCAGAUCGUCAUAAGAAGGUCGAAGAAAUCCGGCAAGCAGCAGCUAAUUUUACAGAUGAAACAUAUCUGUCGUCCUCUGAUUCAGAUGAGGAUAUCAAUGAUAAUGAGAUAUUGCGCAAUACCUUGACCACUUACCAAG